CUCGCAGCAGGCGCACACGCGCGAGCUCUCUCAAGUGUUUACAAGUGUUCAGUAUGGUGAAGUUCGAAGGAGAUUUCAGUAUAAACGCGAUUCUAAUGAAUCAUGUGGCAAAGCCGCCACCGUCACCGACCGCUUCCUCCACGGCGACCCCGUCCGAGGCCGACCUUAGUGACUCAGAGCUAGACGUGACGGGAACCGAACCCGUCGACUGCACCAAGCCUAAAGACGACGACGACAAGAAAGAUAAGAAGCACGAGAAGCCCGCCUACAGCUAUAACGCCUUGAUCAUGAUGGCCAUCCGGAACAGCCCCGAGAAGCGGCUCACUCUCAACGGAAUAUACGAGUACAUCAUGACCAACUUCCCUUACUACCGGGAGAACAGGCAGGGCUGGCAGAAUUCCAUCCGACACAACCUCAGCCUAAACAAGUGCUUCGUGAAGGUGCCGCGGCACUAUGACGAUCCCGGCAAGGGCAACUACUGGAUGUUAGACGCGUCGGCUGAGGAUGUGUUCAUCGGGGGCUCCACGGGCAAGCUCCGGCGGCGCUCCGCUCUCAACGGUCGCUCGCGGCUGGCGUGCUUCAAGCGGCCGCUGUUCCCCGCCGGGCUGCCUGGGCCGUACCCGCCGGCCGCGUACUCACAGCUGGUGGGGCUCUACUCCCAGCUGCUGUACCAGAGGUACGCGCCCAUGCAGAUGAAGACUCCCCCAUUGGCCCCUAGCGCCAUGCACCCGGCCUUCAGGAACGACUUACCCUACGGCAGCAUGCCGUACGCCGCGCCACUAUACCCCGACCGGCUGCCCGGAGGCCCGUUCGUUCAGUCCCAGAUGAGCCAGCCGUCACCCCUCCACCCCCAGACGUCACCGCUGCUGGCACCCUCGCCCCCAACAUCAGGCUCCUCCAGUCCCGAGCUGCCAGCCAGCCACCACCCCCUCACGCCGCACAUAUUCAAGCCCGUGACACUCAUAUCGCGGCACUAGCAGGCCUGGGGCCGCGUGCCUCGCCGGAGAGGCGACCCAUCUGUGAUCUAGUUUGUAACCCAGUGGUGAGCAUUUAACGAGAGGUACCCAAUCUCUUAGUGUAGGUAUUGCAAUAUUGUACGUUACACGGCAUUCCGCUUGUUGAUAAUACCUUAUGUUUAACUGUAAAUAGAAAGUGUAUUUAUUUAAUAUUUAGUUGUAAGCUAUGAGAGAUGUAAUAAACAUACGAUUUGUUCCAGAUACAAA